CCGAUGGAUGCUAGAAGUCCAACGACAAUUCAUUUUGAAGAUCUGUUGCCUACUAUGGCCGAUAAGCUAGGAGGUGAGGGAUUGAUCAAAGAGCUAUGUAAUGGAUUUCAGCUGCUCAUGGACGGUAAAAAGGGGUUGAUCACCUUUGACAGCCUCAAGAAAAAUUCUGCUCUUCUUGGAUUGCAAGAGUUCCAGGACGAGGAGAUCAAAAGCAUGAUUAAAGAGGGAGAUUUGGAUGGUGAUGGUGCACUUAACCAGCUGGAGUUUUGCAUGUUGAUGUUCAGGUUGAGUCCCGAGCUAACGGAUGGUGCUGGAAGAUUGCUAGAGGAAGCCUUUCCACAGAUUUGAUGCGAUGAUUGCUCCUUUUGAGCACUUUUUCUUUCUUUUGCUUUUAUGUUUGGAUAUUGUCUGACUGCUGAGGAAGGAUUGGUAAUUGAUUGAAAGAUUAGACGAGUGGAGUGAAGAUGAUGGAUUCCUUGUUCAACACCAUGUCAUGUCUCCAUGCCGUUAAAGCCAUAAAGCUUGC